AUGUCUCCCGGUCUCUCUCGGAGCGCUUACCAGUACGACCUGGAGAAUGCCAGGUCAUUGCUGCAGAGACUGCGCAGAGGUCCUGCGGAUGAUGAAUCAAAUGGCUCGGAGAUUGUCCAGACAUCCGGCCCUUGUGCGCGGUUUCUGGUUUGGCGCGUGCUCGAAAACUGGGAUGGACAAGGUCUCUCUGAUCGACGGGCUUGUCUAGCGGUCAUUUUGGCAGAAGCGCUUCUGCUAAAUCGCGUGGCGGCCCUGCCGACCUUCACUUUGUCUGGUCAGCACAACAACGGCACUUCUCGUUCGUCGGACCUCAUGGAAUACCUGUCACUCCGACACAUCCCCGUCCAAACUGUGCCUCUGAAAAGCCUUCCUUCGAGGGUCUGGAAGGAUGCCAUGGAUGUGCACGGCGAGCUGAACCCAAUACAGUGGAAAGACGUGUCCGCCUCCGCGCUCAUACGUUACAGCUCCCGGGAAGGAUUCUGGAAAUCCGGGAUCCAUGCCUCGGUGAUGAAACUUGCCGGUCUUUUUCAUGGUACGGGAAUGCAACCAACUGCAGGGCUGUUCGAUCCAUCGACCCGUGUCGUAGAGGCAGCUGCUCAAGUCCGGCUGCGACUGGGGCUGGGUGCCUACGUUGGGGUUCACGUGAGGCGUGGGGACAAGCUCCUGAUCCCGGGCCUGGACUUGGCAACCACGCCAGAGGCAGUGGCCGAGCGAGUGGCACACCUGGCCCCGCCUGGCGUGCGAAUGGUGUACGUGGCCACGAACGACACCCAGGCGGACUACGGCACUGCACUUCUCAAGAGGGGCUUCCAGUGCUUCAGCUCCCAUUGCUGGCUUCCUUCCGUAAGCGACAACUUCUUCCUUUUUGCCGUUGAGAUGCAGAUUGUCGAUGCGGCCUCUGUGAGCAUCCGAACAUUCAACGAUUCCAUGCCGUGGUACAGGGCCGGUCUUGCUAAGCCGUCCCACUGUUUGCUGGAUCGCAGCAUGCACGACUAUGUCUUUGGCUUCAGUGCCACGGGCUCUUUGUGCACAUGGCCCGUUUGCGGCCCCGUUCCUCUUGACCUGGGAACACUCUGGCAAACGGCCGCCGCAGAGGAGGCAGAGGAGACUCCGAGUGAGCCAGCGGGGGCCGAGCCCGUGACAAAGUAUAGCAUCCUGGUCCUUGAGGGGCCCGGGCAGAGCUCCGAAGGAUCAAAGUGCUGGGAGUUUCCUGCGAACCUUUGGCCGAUGGAGACUUCGGGGAAAACGCAGGAGGUGACCCUUGAGCUCUUGGAGCCAUGGCUUCGAAGCGCCCCCAAGAGAGAAAUCUCCACGUGGACUGAGUAUUUCGGAGCCCUGGCAGCUUUCGCAGAUGACAUCUCCGAGGGUUUGGUACGCAGAUCUACGCUUUAUGCCUUUGAGAACGUAUCAAAGAGGCACAGGCAUCUGACUUCCGCAACAAUACCUCGGCGAGGAGCAGUCUUCUGUUAUGUGUCCGUUGGCAAGGUGUCGGUCAGGGACCAGCAUGGUGCCUUCGAAAUCGUCGCCGGACAGUACUGCGUCGUCCCAGCUCCUGUUCGCUUUGAGCUGAUCAACAAGACCAGACUGGUCGCCGUCCACACACAUCCAUUCCAGCCUUUGCGAACUAUCGGCGGUCCGAUUGAGAGCAAGGGCCGACUGCGGUAUGUAGACGGCUGCAGCGACACGCUCUUGCUGGCUCCACCAAAGCUUUCGGAUCCAUGCUUGAACUUGCUCCAUUUCCCUCCAGGCAUCCAUCAAACAUUACACACCCACCCUUCCGUGCGCUGUGGGCUCAUUGCAAGUGGAGCUGGAUAUUGCAUGGAUGGGGAUCAUCGCAAGAUGGAGCUGGAAGAAGGCAUGGUUUGGGCCAUCCCGAAGGAUGCCGUGCAUUCCUUCCACACGGCAGAGUCGAACGAAGAGUUGAACGUUAUCGCCUUCCAUCCCGACUCGGACUGGGGUCCUCUGGACGAGGACCACCCCAUGCUGAACCGGACAUGGGUGGACGGUGCCAAGAUUGACAACUGCACUGAAAGUCACCGACGGGCCGAUAUGCUCCUUACGGACCAGUCGAGGGCCCUGCAUCUCGCGAGCUCCCUCAAGAAGGCUCUCAGCCAGAGAGAGCUGCAGCCGCCAGAGUCGCCAGAGCCAGGAGAAGCCGACGGUGGCUGUCGCGAAACUUGGGUUGUGCAUUUAGCGCUUCUCGCAGAUGGCCUUCGCCCAGUAGAGCUGACGGAGGAACUUGUCGCGCCUGAUACUCCGAGCACGCAGUAUUGUCGGGCUGCGUUGACGAGUGAGCAGACAGCGCGGCAGGGCCUGCAACAGUUGUCGCUACGCAUCGGCGACACACGAGCUGCGGAUGGCUCUUGCCUACAAGCGUGUAGAGUGAGGCUGGACACAAGCUCUGGCCUCUUGAGUGUGUCCACGUGCACAGGAUAA